CAAUUUGCAGGACGCCGCUGCCGCCAGCAUGACGAACGCCUACCAGUCGAUGCCGACGCCCAACGACCAGAAGAACUACGUCAACGACGUGGGUCAAGUGGAAUGGGGUGCGAUCCCUCUGAACGCCGCCUUGGACAAGCUCAAGGCGACUCGCGAGGGGCUGAGCACGGGCGAGGCCGAAAAGCGCUUGGAAGAACACGGCCCGAACAAGCUGCCCGAGACCAAAGUGAACAAGCUCAUGGUGUUCCUUGGCUUUAUGUGGAACCCGCUGUCGUGGGCCAUGGAAGUCGCCGCCAUCUUGUCCAUUGUGCUCUUGGAUUACCCGGAUUUCGCCUUGAUUUUGGCACUUCUAUUGCUAAACGCGUGCAUUGGGUACUUUGAAGAAAUCCAAGCUGGGGAUGCCGUCGCUGCUUUGAUGGGCCAGUUGGCCCCUGAAGCCAAGGUGUUCCGCGACGGCGCCAUCACGCGCAUCCCCGCGGACCUCCUCGUGCCGGGCGAUGUGAUCCGCAUCCGUCUGGGCGACGUUCUUCCUGCGGACGUCAAGUUCCUCGAAGGCGACUCUGUCAAGAUCGAUCAAUCUUCGUUGACUGGUGAAUCGCUCCCCGUGACCAAGUCAACUGGCGACGAAGGGUACUCUGGCUCUGUGUGCAAGCAAGGUGAAAUUGAAGCCGUGGUCACCAACACUGGUGUCCACACGUUCUUGGGUCGCGCCGCCGCGCAAAUCGCGGGCGCCGAAUCCCACGGCCGCCUCCAGGAAGUAUUGACGACUGUUGGGAACUUUUGCAUGGUGUCGAUCAUUUCGUGGUGCAUCAUUGAAUUGGUGGUCCAGAUGGGCUCCCGGUCAGAAGAAAACCCGUGCUUGAUCAUCUCGGACGGAUGCCUCGGAGUGGCCAACAUCCUGGUGCUGAUUGUGGGUGGUAUCCCCGUGGCCAUGCCCACCGUGUUGAGUGUGACGCUGGCUAUUGGGUCGUCUGCGCUCGCCAAAGAGAACGCGAUUGUCACGCGGCUAACUUCGAUCGAAGAGAUGGCGUCCAUGGAAGUGCUGUGCUCGGACAAGACCGGCACGCUCACCCUCAACAAGCUCAGCGUGGACUUGGACAACUUGAUUGCGUACAACGGGUUUGACAAGGCGCAGAUCAUCCGCGAUGCUGCCUUGGCUGCUCGUGUCGAGAACCACGAAGCCAUCGACGUCGUGUGCUAUGAAACGUACCCUGAAAAGGCCACCAUGUGGGACACGUACACGCUGUUGCACUACACGCCAUUCGACCCCACGACCAAGCGCACAAUCGCCAAGAUCCGUGAGAACGCCACCGGGCGCAUUUUCCGCACGUGCAAGGGGGCCCCCCAAGUGUGUCUGGACAUGGACAUCGCCGCCGACUCGCUUCGCGACGAAGUCGAAGGCCGCAUCAACGAGUACGCGAGCCGCGGGUACCGUGGGCUGGGCGUGUCCAUCUCCGAGGGCGACGUGCCUCUGGACAAGGCCGAGUGGAAGUUGGUCGGGCUCAUGCCUCUGUUCGACCCCCCUCGCCACGACACGGCCGAGACCAUCCGUCGCGCCAUCGACCUGGGCGUGGCCGUCAAGAUGGUUACGGGGGAUCACCGCGUGAUUGCCGUGGAAACGUGCCGCCAACUGGGCAUGCCCACCAACAUCCUGGACACGAGUUUCUUCAACCAGGCGCCGCCCCCGGGCAUGAACCUCGCCCAGCUCGUGUAUGAGACCGACGGGUUUGCCCAGGUGUUUCCCGAGCACAAGUUUGAGAUCGUCCGCCACUUGCAAAGUUUGGGCAAAGUCGUGGGGAUGACGGGUGAUGGUGUGAAUGACGCGCCUGCAUUGGCCCAAGCCGACAUUGGGAUCGCCGUGGACGACGCCACAGAUGCCGCCCGCGCCGCCGCCGACAUUGUGCUCGUGUCUCCUGGUUUGAGUGUGAUCAUCACCGCCAUUCGCAUGAGUCGCGAGAUUUUCCUGCGCAUGAAGAACUACGCCAUGUACUCGAUCGCCAUGACGGUGCGCAUUGUGUGCACGUUUGGGCUCUUGACGGUGUGCUACAACUGGUACUUCCCCACCAUCUUGGUUGUGGUGCUGGCCAUCUUGAACGACGGGACGAUCUUGACUAUUUCCAAGGACAACGUGACCGCGAGCCGCACGCCCGACUCGUGGAAGCUCAAGAGCGUGUUCAUCUCGUCCAUUUGCUUUGGCUUGUGGCUGACGUUGAGUACGAUCGUGUUGUUUGCACUGACUUAUCAAACGAACGCCUUCCAAGGGUUUAUCGGCGCCGAAAACUUGUGUGUGAACUGCAUCAAGUCACACUGUAACGAGUACUUUACCGACGUCGUGCGCACGUGUGCGUUGACAAGCAACUCGAGCGGGUGCGGUGAGCUCGACGGGUCGGUCAUGAAGAACUCGGACUACGUAGCCCUCGGCAAGGCCCGUCAACUCGACAUCCAAGGGUACUGGAAGGCGUACGAAGCCGAGUACAAGAAGUCGCAAGCCGACUUGUUUGAACAUUUGCAAGUGAACCAUAUCAACAACUUUACCAACCUCGAGCCCGAAGCCGCUGCCACGUACGAACAGUUUGUGUACCAAUACACGCUUGGGCAAAGUGGGACGCCGUUCCAGGGCAAGCCAUACCUCGUCAACACGUCCGCUGCCAUCGGCGACGGUGUCGCAUUCGUCGGCCGCGACUACUUGCCGCUCACGAACGGCGUCGGUUUCUGUGACUAUGUGUGGGGCUACUCCAACUUUAACUCGACCUGGUCCAAGGGUUUCAAGCUCAUUGGCCCUGGUGUGCAGAAGAAGGAUGGUAUUCUGCGUGGGCUGAUCUACACCCAAGUGUCUGUGUCUGGCCAAGCGCUCAUCUUUGUGACACGUACUGCUGGUAUCAACACGUGGUUCUUUGCUGAAAAGCCAUGCAACUUGCUCCUGAUUGCGUUUGUGAUUGCCCAAGUGGCUGCGUCUGUGAUUGGGGCUGUGGGCUUCAACGGCUACCCCUCGGAUCGUGUGGCCGUGAUCGGCUGCGGCUGGGGCUACCUCGUCCUUGCCUGGUUGUGGUCUAUCUUGUGGCACUUCCCGCUCGACUUGAUCAAGUUUACCGUCAACUACAUCCUCAACAACGGGUCGUACACCCAAACGGCGUUCACGUCGCGCAUCAACGCUGGCCACCCGUCCAUGGCGCACAGCAAAGUGUCGAGCGUUGCCCGCUCGAUCCGAGCCAGCCGCACCGUGGGCUAAAAAACACCGUCGUCCGGAUGUGUGUUUAGUAGUAUGCCAGCCUUGCAUUUAUAUACGACCUCGAGUGUCUAAGCGAACGUAGCCUGCCUCAGUAUUAUAACAAAAUGAAUAUUCCAUUAACGAUAUACAAGA